GAAUUAGAUAUACAAAUCUGGUCCAAAAUCUCAUUUUCACCUCCAACUUUUGACAAUUCACUGAUCAUUGAUAUGGCUACUAGUCUAUGCGCUGAAACCUCUGCUGCUACUGCUCAAAGACUUUGCCAACCCAAUAUCAUAUAUAAUUCAGAAAAAUAUUAUGAUGAUCAAUUUCUUACUGUUUACCUUGAUUCAUCUACACUUUAUAUAUAUGAUGCUUGGGUAGAGAAAGAGAAAGAAGCCAAAGAUCAAAUAGUAGUAUCAGAUCCUGAAGCAGUCCUGAUCUUGCCAUUGCAUAAUAUUGUAGUCGAUAAUCUAUAUGAAAGCAAUAAUUAUCAAGAUAAAUAUGAGGAUCAUUAUCUUUACCAAAGAGCAGAACAAACUUACACACAUGGAUAUCAAAAGCUUUUGAUUCUAUUGUGGAACCAUUAA